UUUUGGUAUCCUUUCCGCAUCGCGCCGCCGACACCGCUAGACGGGAGUCGGAUGCAAACCUCACCUGGUGGGGUGCGACGCAUCCGCGGAGCCAUGCUCGCAGCGGCCGCGCUGCUGGCGAGCGGCUUUGCCUUUUCACUGGUGCGGGGAUAUCGUGCGGCGGUUGCGAGCGAGGAAGACGCGUCCCGCUCUGCUGAGGACACUGGUGUGCGACUCACCCUGGACUGGGAAGACUGCUCGGAGGAGGACGAGGAGAGCGAUUACGAGGCUCGCCUCAUCGGCCUGGCUGUGCGGUACACCAACAGCGGAAAGCUGGUCGAGAGCAUCCAGGGCGUGCAGACGCUACCGCUCGGCGAGAACCUCACGCUCACGCUCACUGUCAACCAGUCCGCCGUCAAACCGCUUGGGUCCACCUUCGCCGCCACCGCCACGGGCUUCCCUUUCUGGCUCUCUGGCGACGCCUGCGAGCCUCGCUUCAUCGACAUCCCUCUAGGCUUGGGUGGUGUUGACUUCCCGGGCUCCCCGUGCCCCGUGCAGCCAGGCGCCGCGCUGCAUCAUCGAGUCGAACGUGACUAUCCGGCUGCCGCCGGUGCUGCCCCUCGACCAGCUUCGCCUCCUGCAGGCAUCGACGAGCUCUGGGUCGACACGCAGCAGCUGCUGCCAAACGGCACAAAGCUGACGUGCAUGCGUGUACACACGCAACUGCUGGGUGGCUACACGUUCUCCCUCCCCUUGCCCAUCCCUUCCAUCCCUAGCUUUGGCUGGAGAUGAUGGUGCUGUCGCCACCGUGCCAAUACGCAGGAGCCUUCUCCGAACCUUCUUUCUCUCUUUGGGGGGUGGUAGCUUGAUGUGUGACUCGUUUCAGACAUUCGGCUCUCUCGUGAAAGGACUCUAAGUUU